AACAUGGCUCAUCUCAUGCAAAUAUAGAACAUUUAAUUAAACACAUGUAAAUCUGUAUUGCAUGAAUAUUUGAGGGCACUGUUGGCAGGUUGUGAGGGAAAGGGAAUCAAACUGGAGGAAACUUUUUUUUCUUUAGUGUACAAAACGUCAUACCAGCUGCUUUAUUAGUUCUGACAUGCAUUACAGAGAAAUUACUGUCUCACUGAUUAAGGAACCGCGUUUUAGAGGAAUGCGAACUUUAAUCUGCCAUCACUUUAUUGUUUCCUUAACGAGCAAAGUUGAGGUAAUAUUUAACACUCCUGCUCUGUUCGACUCUCGGGAGCGUCCGUGCGCAACAGAGACACCGAAUUGCGUUGGAUAUAACGGAAUUCUGAGCCAAGACUCGCACAUUUCACUCUAAGAUGAAGAGAAUUGGAAAAUGGCUUCUGGCAGCAUUUGGGGUGGUUGUGAUCGUUGUCUUAAUAGCUGUUCCAACAGCCAUUUACCUCAAAGCUGCUGCUCCUGGCCCGCUAUCUAUCUAUCUAUCCGACUAUCUCUCACUCUCAGAGGAUAAAACUGAAUCCCAGAGGACAUUUACACUAGAAGAUUACUUCAACGGCACUGCAAGAACCAAGUCAUACAACUUGCGCUGGAUCUCAGAUGAUGAAUAUCUUCACAAGACAGGAGAGGGCUCAGUGCUUCUGAUCAACGCAACCACAGGAACAGAAAGUGAAUUUGUGAACCAACAGAUUUUUGCCCGUGUGGCAGCUUACGAUUACAUGGUGUCAGCCGAUCGAAAAUACGUCUGUUUCCUGAGCAACUACACUAAGCUAUGGAGACACUCAUACACUGCAUCAUAUCACAUCUACGACCUGGAAAAAGGGGAUUUUAUAAAUACAGAUAUCCCACAUGAAAUCCAGCAUCUAGCAUGGUCUCCGACCGGCCACAAACUGGCAUUUGUGUGGAGGUACAAUGUCUAUGUAAAGGAAACUCCCAACUCCGCAUUCCAUCAGGUCACCAGUGAUGGAGCCCACAACCUGAUUCUUAAUGGCAUUCCUGACUGGGUGUACGAGGAGGAGAUGUUCUCCACCAGUUUUGCUUUGUGGUGGUCACCAAAUGGGAAGUUUGUGGCAUACGCCCAAUUUAAUGACUCUGAAGUCCACAAUAUCGAGUACACGUGGUAUGGAGAAGGCCAGUAUCCUGAUACAGUCUUCAUACCAUACCCCAAGGCUGGAACCCCAAACCCAACUGUAAAACUUUUUGUUUUCGAUACAAACUCAUCCAAGGUCGAGGAAGUCCUGGUCCCCAGUGAUGUUGGUGCAGGAGAGCACUACUUGAGCACUGUUACGUGGGCAUCAGAUGAGCGAAUUGCAGUCCAGUGGCAGAAAAGAACGCAGAACUACGUCAAUUUGAAGACAUAUGACUUCGUCAGUGACGCUUGGAGUGAAGGUCCACUGAGGCAGAUUAUCACAAGCAGUACGGGUUGGGUUGGCCGGUUCUCUCCAGAUGAACCUGUCUUUCGGCCGGACGGCAGCGGCUGCUAUUACGUUAUGAGUAACGAGCAGCAGUUUAAGCAUCUUGUUUAUUUCAGUGGAACAGAAAAAACAUUCGUGACUAAUGGAAUGUGGGAGGUCACUAGCAUCCUUAAGGUCACAAACAAUGCCGUAUAUUAUGUGAGUAACGAACACAAUGCGAGUCCAGGCCAAAGGAACGUUUACAAAAUUACCAUAAAUGGUGCUUCUCAUUCUGAGAGGGAGUGUCUGACCUGUACCCUCAAUGCGGACCGCUGCAAAUAUAAUUCUGCUCUCUUUAGCUCUGAAGGAACCUACUACCUCAUGAGCUGUUCUGGACCUGGAUUGCCUCUGCAUACACUGCGAAACAGCCGAGAUGGAACAGAGGUGAGAGUUCUUGAAGACAACAGUGAUUUGGAAAAAACUCUGCAGAAUAUCGCAAUGCCUUCAGUUAUGCACGGCAAGCUGAAGAUCGGAGAGUUUGAUCUUUGGUACCAGAUGAUUCUGCCUCCCAAAUUCGACAAAUCCAAAAAAUAUCCUCUGCUUAUUGAUGUAUAUGCGGGCCCCUGCAGUCAGAAGUCAGAUUUCCGGUUCAGGGUGGGAUGGUCCACAUACUUAGCCAGCACAGAGAAAGUGAUCGUGGCCAGCUUUGAUGGUAGAGGAAGUGGUUACCAAGGAGACAAAAUUAUGCAUGCCCUCUACAAACGACUCGGAACAUAUGAAGUCGAGGAUCAGAUAACGGCUGCUAGACAGUUUAUCGACAUGGGCUUCAUAGAUAAAAACAGGAUUGCCAUCUGGGGAUGGUCUUACGGUGGUUACGUCACUUCGAUGGUCCUGGGAGCUGGAAGUGGAGUGUUUAAAUGUGGUAUGGCUGUCGCUCCGGUGUCUAAAUGGGAGUAUUAUGACUCUAUUUACACUGAGAGGUACAUGCUCACCCCGGCGGAGAAUCAGGCCUUUUAUGAUAAUUCCACAGUGACGGGAAGAGCCAAGAACUUUAAAUCAGUCCAGUACCUCCUGGUGCACGGCACUGCUGACGAUAAUGUUCACUUCCAACAAGCUGCUCAGAUCUCUAAAGCACUCGUGGAUGAACAAGUGGACUUUGAUGCAAUGUGGUACACUGAUGAAGACCACGGUCUCGGCGGAUCGGCCAAUCAGCACGUGUACACUCACAUGAGUCACUUUCUGAAAAACUGCUUUGCUUGAAGUUGUGAAACUUUCCACUCAGAAGCCACAGCACUGAAUCAACGUUACUUCCAGACCACUUCACGCUCUUAAACGCGUCAGGCGUGUGCGAUUCCCCAUGAGCAGCCUCUGAAUCUGCGCUUCUGUGCUGUGGUGUAAUAACAGACAUGAUUUAUUCCUGUUUUAUCACUUUCAAAUGUAUAGUCUGAACAGUCUGAGUCAUGAUGCUUUAGUGGUACAUCGAAAAGAAAAAAAAAGAAAUACUUGCUGGAUAAACACAAAGCUUGAUGAGCUAGCUAAAGAAGGAAAGAAAUAUAAAAAAAAUUCAAAUAAAAAAGGUUCAGAUUUAAUUAUUUAUUAUGAAUUAUUAUUAUUAUUAUUAUUUUAAUCACUUUUGUAAGCUGGGGAGAGCAAUAUUGUGUAUUUUUCAAGUCAAGUUCAUUACCAUCUGUUAGUUUUGUGUAAAGUAUGCAAAGUAAUAAAAAAUAAAGAGAAAUACAUUUUAAAAAAUUAUUUUCAUAUUUUAAGUAAUUUGUCAUCAAGAUUUGUCGAGUAUCAAUCUUUUGAAAUAUUUAUUUCAUGUGCCAUUAAAGUAUAAGCCAUAAUUUGUAUGAAUAUAUAUCUUUAUUUUCAAUCUUUAAUAAAUUUCGCAAA